UUUUGUCCUGAAGGUCCAGAGUGUAACUAUUUUGUGAACAGUGAAUUACAGAUGUUUCCCUCCAAAAUACACACCUUUGGGAAAAUUUAUGCCGUUGGUAUUAACAGCCAAAAUGAUCGAAAAAACAGAAAUGAAAAAGACAAAAAUGUCCCGAAGGUCGCACAAGGGUUAAUUUCAGAAGCCUAUAUUAAUAACGAAUUAUUUGUAGGUUUUUUUUUCUCCCUUCCUUCGACGCUCGCACAAUCCUGUCCAGUUGGAGGCAGUAAAGCACCGAAGCUGUUUUGCCAAACGUGAUUAAACUUCAGAAGAAGAAUCCUUUUCUUUGGACGCUUUGUGGAUAUAGUGGCUUAUUAUAAACUUUAACCAUCUUUGCACGUUUCCAAGACUUGUUUCCAUACAAACAUUGGCUGUGGAUCUGCGUGACAUCCUGUUGUAAAGAUGUACUUUAUUAAAGAAGAGAGUGAAAGUGAAGACAUGAUUGAUCAAAAACAAUGCAGAGUAAAAACUGAAGAUAUCGAGGAACAAAUAGACAUAAAGGUGAAAGUGGAAAGUCAAGAACUGAAUGAAGAGCGGAAGCAUGAUCACGGUCAGAAUCCCAUAAGAAUUCGCACCAGGGAAAAGCGUUACACAUGCAAUCAGUGUGGAAAGGGUUUUAAAUAUCAUGGACACCUUACUAUGCAUGUGCGAAUUCACACUGGAGAGAAACCUUUUACAUGCCACCAGUGUGGAAUGAGUUUCAUUCAAAAAGUAAACCGGGAUAUUCACAUGAGAAGUCAUACUGGAGAGAAGCCUCACACUUGUCGUCAGUGUGGAAAGGGUUUCACGUUUCAAGGAAACCUUAGUAUGCAUAUGCGAACUCACACUGGAGAGAAACCUUACACUUGCCAUCUGUGUGGAAAGAGUUUCACACAGAAAGUAAACCUUAAUGUGCACAUGCAUCUUCAUACUGGAGAAAAGCCUUUCACGUGCCAUCAUUGUGGGAAGAGUUUCAUGCGUAAAGGAAGGUUUAAUUUGCACACGCAAAUUCAUACUGGAGAAUAAGCUUUCCCGUGCCAUCAGUGUGGAAGAGUUUCAUACAGGGAAGCAGUCUCAAAACUCAUCGGUGCUCUGCAGUACAAACGGUUCAUAAAACACACCUGAACAUUCCUGCAAAUAGGAAGCCUUACUUGUGCCCUCUUUGUGGAAAAAUUUUUAUAAAUCUGCAUCGUUUAAAAAGGCACCAGACAAUACAUACUAGUGAGAAAGUUACUGUGCGCUCAGAGUGUGGGAAAUCCUUUACUUGAGUUCAAGUAUUGUAAAAGCACCGAAGAAUUCAUAAUGGGAAAAAAACCUCAAUCAUAACUAAUAGCAAUAAUCAGUCUAGUAUAGACAUGUACUAGUUAUUAUAGUUAAAUAGUGUAUAUUAAUAACAAUGCCAUUUAUUACUAUAUCGUAUAAGCUAAGUUCUCUAACAUGUAGUGUACACUGUUCUGACUGAAUAGUAUGAAAUUACCAGAGAUGAAAUGGAGCAAAAAAUUUUUUUCAACUCAUCCCUCCUUUUCCUUCAAAAAAGUUGAGGUUACAUGUUUCAUUGAUUUUUUAUUUUAUUUUUAUAAUAGUUUCUUCAUGAAUGUCUUUUUUUUCAGCAGAAGUGUUUGGCAUGGACGAUAGGUUGUGGAAAGAUAUAGUUGGUGUUAUUUUCUAGAACUGAAUAUAGGCAUCAAAAAAUCAUGUUCACAUGCUAGCGUAUGGUCUAUGUUAACGCUGGUAGACCUAAACGCUUUGCAGGCAGGUGGGUAGAACAUAGUCAAUAAAGAUAAAAAAUAGAAAAGCACAUUGUUAUACCUUGCAAAUAUUUAUCAGAUUACAUCUUUAUGCUUUCUUUUCAUUUUUCUGAAAAAGUUGCCAGGGUAACCUCUAAAGAAACCUGUGAUGACAUCAAGAACAUGCGACAGUAAAUUCCCCACUUUCUUUGAGACCAGUUUGCUAAAUGCACUUCAAUUUAAGAAGUGUUUUAUUACUGUGCCGCAUAGAUGUCAAAAGCUUCCUAUACACCGUUACUAGAGAGUCUGAUGCCUUCCUUAUGCCUUUUUCAUGGUCAUGGAUUAUUGUAAUUGUGAAAGAACAAGUAUGCGUGUCCUAUUUAUGAAUGUUUGGUAAUGUAUACAUGUUUAACCCUUAAAGCUGAUGUACCUUUUUCUGUGUUAAAAUACUUUCUCCUAUCCCAGCGGAAUAUGCAGAGACAACUGUAAUCCAUUCAGAGGUUACUUUUAUCGAAAACUGUAAACACUGUCUCUGCGGCGCUAUAAAACAUUCCUUUGUUUUGGUCAACCUGUUUAGACCCUACCCAACAACAUUGCUCAACCGAUGGCAUGAGAUGGAGGCGGAACUAUCUCUUUGUUUCAUCAAUGGCAUAAGAGGGGCGUCUUCGGAAAGCUGUUUUGAAAACAUUGAAACGUUGGCGCAAGUGUUGCAGAAACUACAAACUCAUGCAUACUCGUCUUUUAGUAAAGCUAUAGACAUGCAGAUUUGACAUUAUAAUGGAUAAUAACAUUUGUUUUUCGGUCAAGAACGACAGGGUGCGUUCCAUUUGGAAGUGACCAUCCCUAUGCCCUCUUCCCUUGCAAGUCUUUACCAUGUGAGAGUUUCUGAGGGCUAAAAGGUUUUGGGCUCAAUAAGUCAGUUUGGAAUUGCUGUUAUUUAACAAGUCAUUUGUAUUUGAAAUUGUGUUUUGAACUACCCUGCAGCUUGGCUACCAUGUUUGUUCUUUCUUCAAAGUGCCGUGGGGAGCCUUUAUUUAUGCCGUUUGGCACGCUGUGUCAGUGUUUCAAACGAAACAUUUUACUAGCCGGUAAAAGCAAUAUUAAAAAGGUGGGUUUUCAAUAAUUUCUUAAAACAGUCCAGAGUGGGGGUAUUUCGGACAGCAAGGGGAAGAGCAUUCCAUUACUUGGGGGCAGUAAAAGAGAACACUUUCUCACCUGUGGUUUUUAGUUUAUACGAAGGUUGUUUUGAAAUACUUUGCAUAUAUAAGGAUGUGACUUUUCAGUGGAAUGAUCCGUGAAAACUAUAUGAAUGUAAAUUUUAUAUAUCAGGGUACCACGGGUCCUUAAAAAGUCUUAUAUUUUUUGCUGGACAGAGUGGAUUGGGAGGGGGGUUACUACACUCUGUGAGCUAUAUGAGAAUGGAGUAUUGAAAUCUUUUGAAAAUAUGGUCCAACAUUUCAGGAUUCCCAGAUCUCAGUUCUUUAGGUGUUUUCAGCUGCGCCACCUGCUCUGUACUAUUUUUGGGAGUUGUAUACACCCUCCUAAAGUGGCAGAUACUCUAAAAGUGGUGAUUACUGCUUUUGGAAAAGGUCAUGAGGCAUCAGUGUAUUACUCCCUGUUAAUUCAGGGUCUGGGGGACGGAGCUUCAACUAAUCUCAAGAGAUUAUGGGAGAGAGAUUUAAACUUGGUAUUGGAGGAGGGAAUGUGGGCUAGGAUUCUAAAAAAACAUCAAGUCUGCAUCUAGAGAUUCAAGGGUGCGUCUGAUGCAAUUUAAGAUUUUGCAUCGAUUAUACUGGACAUCCUCUAGGUUGUAUAGACUUGAUCUUAAAGACAAACCCACGUGCUGGCGAUGCCAAUCAGAAAACGGGUACACAACCCAUGUUUUUUGGGGAUGUGUUAAGAUACAAGAAUUUUGGUUGAGGGUUCAGAGAUUUAUGUGUGAUGUAUUGGACACAAUUUUCUUUUUGCCCCAGACUCUGCAUCAUAGAUGAUGGGGUGGUCAUCAAUUUUGGGGAUUGCCACUUAAAAAGUUGGAUCCUAGCCGGAGUGAUGGUUGGCAGACAAAUUAUUCUUAGGGGGAGGAAGAUGGCUGGGGCACCCUCGUUUCGGGAGUGGUGCGGGGAGAUGGGCGGGGUGGCAGCACUUGAGGAAGCUAUUUUUUUAGAAGGUUGGGAAAAUGGGAUUUGUUUAAUAGGAAGUGGGGUGGAUAUUUGGCUUUUUUGAAGGGUUCUCAGGGAGGGGCAGUGGAGAGGGAUUUAAAUUUUUUAGUUUGAUGUGUAUGUGCAUUCUUGUUUUUUGAAAGUAUAUUUUUUUAUGUUUAAAAAAAAAGUUAUUUUUAUGUUAUAAUUGUAAAUGACCACUGU